CAGUAGAAUGCACGCGGUGAUUGAAAAUAACCCUCGAUAGCGUGAGUAGACGCGCGCGCGCGCUUUUUGUUGUAAAAGCGUCUCCUUUUGAGCUGAAGGAUUCAUGCAAUGCAGUAUUCAUUUUGAUUAAGUCCAAAAUGCCCGACUCCUGUGCCGCAGCAAACUGCGAGCAGAGUACGGACCAGUCCAACGUUUCCUUCUUCAGGUUCCCACUGGAUCCCGUUGGAUGUAAACAAUGGGUGGGAAAGUGCCAAAGACCAGAUCUGGAGACCAAAACACCUGAAGAUUUACACAGGAACUACAAAUUGUGCUCAAAACACUUUGAGACCUCAAUGAUAUGUCAGCAAAGCUCCCAGAUGUCUGUUUUGAAGGAUGAUGCUGUUCCUACUGUUUUCAAUUUUGCAACCAACCAGGACAAUGCACAAACUGGCAACAGAAAAAGGACACGGCAGAAAACAGGAGAGGAGCCGGUUGCCACAAAGAAAUCUAAAGGUACCAUCAAUAACUCAAACCCCUCUUUGCCAGAGGCACAAGAUAAAGUUGAGAGUGAUUCUGCUGAGAACAGCGAAACCCACAAUCCUCCUGCACAUGAGGAGUCAGAGGAGGAUCCUGCUAUUUCCAAAGCGAAGGAAACUUUGAAAGACUACUUUAAGGAGACUUUAGCCUUCAUUGGUUUUAGCAUCGCCAGCAAUGCAUCUCUUAACAUUGUUAAACCACUGGGUAAUGACCCAGCUGGGUCACUCUCUGUCAACACCAUAUGUGCAGAGAAGAUCGACCAAAAAGAAGUGCUCACCUUAGGUGAGGAUGUGAUGCUUGAGGAGAUCUGUAAUAGCUUGCGGCUUGCACGCUUUUUUUCCAUAUUUCUCCAAGACAAGGUAAACAUUGAUGGCAAGGACCAGAUUCCUGUGUUUAUCCGCUCAGUCACAGGUGAAGGCUUCCCACAGAAGCACCUCAUGGGAUUCCUACCCUGUGAUGUAGACUCUGAAAGUCUGUUAUUUAUGCUUAUAUCUGAAAUCCGGAACAAUUGGGGUCUGCGGAUGGAGCACUGUCGCGGCUUCACCUACCUGUCAUCAGGUGCCAUGUGUCAGAAACUGAAGGAUCUCUCAUGCAGGAUGCUGCGGGAUUUUCCACAGGUAGUUUUGUCCCCUAGUGAACCUUACGCUUUCAAUGUGUGGUUGAUUCGCUCCAUGCCCAUCCUUCCAAUUCAGGAUGUUGUUGAUACUUUAGAGCAGGUUGCUUCCAUUAUUAGGCAAUCGGAAACUCUGGCAAAGAAACUUGAUGCCAAGAUCAUUGCUUCGUACAGCCACAUCAAAGGCGAAGUGGACAGAGUAAAGGAGUCCUGUCAGAACCAUUGGGAACAUGCCACAGAUGCUUUCCAGACAAUGCUUGAUAUCUUAGAGCCACUUUUGAGCAGCAUUGGAGAGAUGUGCACCAGUGCCCUUUCAGAUGUGGACGCUGACACAUUCGUAGGGCUUCUAAUGCUGAAGGAGAAGCUGAAGAACUUCAAUUUCAUCAUUACUCUUGUGGUUUUGAAAAACACUCUGUGUUGCGUGAGCAUCCUGAACCCUAGUCUCAGGGGAAUAAUCAGUAUCAGCAGCACUUUGCAGUACACCAUCUCCAACACCUUAAAGCUUUUAAACAAACAUAUGCAGGAGAUCAACAUUUUUCACAGGAAGUGGUUUUCUGAUGCAGUGGCCAGAGCCAAGAAGUUGGGGGUGCCAGUGGAGAUGGUGACAAAUGGUGAUGGUGCGGAGAAACAACAAGCCUCAUUGGAGGAUUACUACAGAGAAGCACUGAGUAAGAAGGUUAUACAAUACCUUGUUGAUGAAGUCAAAAGAGUCCUAGGCACUGAAAUGGCAAGAAACCUCAGAUGGUUGUCAUUGGUGCCCUCAUAUAUGGCUGACCACAAUUCUAGGUUAUUCAAAGUUGCUGAUGCUAACCUGAAUAACUUGGCUCGUCCUGACUCCUUUUAUGAUGAGCUGGGCUGUUGGGAAGUGAAAUGGCGACAUGCUAGCAAGCAAAGGAUUCUUCCCACCAGUGUUUUUGCUACCCUAAAGAUCCCAGAUAUAGGAUUUUACCCAAAUGUACAGAGCCUGUUGAGAGUGUUGGGCACCAUUCCUUGUGUCCACGCUGAAUCAGAUGUGUAUGGGCACAAUGACAUGGUGUUGGACCGCUAUCACUCCUACAUGAAAGAACUACCAGCGGAAAAGAGACUGAGCAAUAUGGCCUUUGUUUAUGUCAAUCAAGAUGUCCACUUCAGCAUUGAGGAAAUGGUGGAGGUGUAUGUGAAGAAAUAUCCAGAAAUCUUGCAGCUAUUACGUGAAGUAAGCAUGUUUUGGAGACUUUUAUUUUAUUUGAGUUAAUAUAAUUUUAUUUAU